CGGAAGUAGAACUCUUUCCCCCGGUCCUAAAACCUCUGUUUAUAUUCGCGGCCGAAAGUUUUGCCGGAUAAAAGCAAAAAGGUAGAUAUUACAAAAGGCGACACAGUCUGGUUCUUAAAAACGGCAACAUUAACGAUAAAACUGGCCCCUCCGUUACCAGUGACCAUGCCUGCCUUGUUGGAGAGACCGAAACUGUCCAACGCGAUGGCCAGAGCCCUCCACAAGCACAUCAUGAGGGAGAGGGAGCGCAAAAGACAAGGUCAGUGUCAUCAAAUGAAAAGGAGAAAGGAAGAGGAGGUGGAUAAAAUGAUGGAGCAAAAGCUGAAGGAGGAGGAGGAGAGGAAAAGAACCAAAGAAAUAGAGGAAAGGAUGUCAUUAGAGGAAACCAAAGAACAGGUGAUGAAAAUGGGAGAAAAACUUCAGGGACUUCAAGAAGAAAAGCAUCAGCUGUUUCUGCAACUCAAAAAGGUUCUCCAUGAGGAGGAGAAGAGGCGCAGAAAGGAGCAGAGUGAUAUAACAACGCUGACAUCUGCCAGUUACCAACAGAGCCUGCCCAUGCACACAGGACAGCACCUCCUUAAUAUUCAAGGUAGUCCAGUGAGCCACAGUCGAGCUGGAGCACUACUUGGAGAAAGAAACAAACAGUUGUACACAACAACCGUGAUCCCUGGACGGCAUUUUCAAACGGGGGGAUUCAGCUCUGGCUCAGCAGAACAUGGACAGUUCAGUGGAGGACAAGGAGUCCACGAGGCGUACGGCGUAGCUCAGGCCCAGCAUCCAUCCAGCUACGCUCCAGGACCUUCUGUGUCUGCAAGUUUUGCUAGCAGCUCGCAGAUCCGAGGUGCGUCUGCAUUUCAAGCGAUGCCUUAUCUCCCUCAUCAGCAGGCGGGUUACCCCGUUCAUGGUCACUUUACCUCCCAACCAGGUUACAUCCCUGGAGCUUCCAUACCCCUGCAGAAGCAGCUGGAACACGCCAACCAGCAGUCGGGCUUCACUGACGCAGGAGGUUUGAGGCCCAUGCACCCCUCCGCCAUUCACGCCUCUGCUCCAGGCCUGCUGCCCACCCCCAUGAUCCCGACUGCAAAGGCCCCUUUCCAGAGCUCUCCACAAGGCGCUCCUCGUCACAGCUUCCACUCCCACAGCCAGAGUGGGCAAAGGUUUUACCAUCAUGGCAAGUAACUCACAGCUGUCCAAAGUCUCAAAGAAGGCGUCGUCGGAGGCUCUUUGUAUUUUGUUCGUUGGAUCUUUUUUUUUUUUCUUGUACAGCGUCUUUUAUUCUGUCCUUUAAAUAUAAAUCUGUGAAGCAAACAGAAACUGUAAAAUAGCUUGAUUUGCGAACAUGCUGAGAGCAAAUGGAUGGUUGUGUGUAUAGACAGACUUCAUGGUGGUUAACACUGCUGUGUGUCAAUAGAAAGGGGGGGGGGGGGGGGCUCAAGUGUUUCUUUGAAAGUAAGAGGAGAAACUCUUUACAUUAUCAGUGAUUUAUAAUACAAUCUGUUCAUCAAAUCAGCCGUUUCUGGUCAGACACAUCAAUAAAACCUACUUGAAUAAAUGGGUUUUUGACGUUUGGUUUCA